CUGAGAAUGCAAGAAGGGUUGGCCUCAUCUGCGGAAUUCCUUGGCAUCUCUCUGGUAUGAAGGUUUUGACUUGUAGAGAUUGUUGGGUUGUAUGGUGUGAAGAUCUAAAAGUAUGUUGCAUCCUUCUAAAACCCAUUGACUGCUUGAUGCGAAUGCCUGCCAUUCUGACGACUGCACUUCUGACCAGUUCUAUUGCACUUUCUUCCCAGCAGCAGCAGCAUCAGCAGGAGGAGCAGCACAACCAACAGCCGGAGCAAAGUAACCCGUCCCAACAGUCCGGCUUAUCACCCAGGGAGCAAGAUGAUGCCCAUUUGAUUUCAAGGCAGGCUGAGGAGGAUCCCUCACAUGGGGUAGCUACGAUGGACACGGCGGAGGCUCCCUCGACCACAGCGGCUGCUGUAUUCAGUGAGGGAAUGGAAACCACUGCUCGACUCACAGAUGCACCACAGGCUUGCCAAGUGGGAAGUCUUGAUCAACACUCUGGUCGUGUGGCAGCUGCGACUUCCAGUGGUGGUUCUUCCACACAUGUGCUUGAUGGUUCGAGAAAAGCAGCACACCCAGAAGCUUCACAAGAGAAACAGAGAAACAAUGCACAGCGGAGUGGAGAGCUGCAGAGUGUUUCUGUGAAGGAUGAAUGCUCUCAUGCCGAUGCAAGUUCGAGUGCUAGAAACCAUUUAGAAGAGGGAGGGCAUACUCCAAGUAAAGAGGACAGUCAUGCUGAAGCUGGUCUAGGGGGAAGGGAAUCAGCCAAACCAACUCCUCCUGCACUGGGACUAGGAAUCUCUGGGUUGAGCCCACUUCCAGCUCGGCCAAGGAGGCGAUCUGGAUCCCAUUCUGCAAGGGCAGCUCGCUUGGGCAGUGAAGCUGGUGCUUGUAGGGAGAACAGGGAAGGUGGUGCUGAUGGUGGAGCACACUCUACGGACGCAAAUGAUGUGAAGGUCGCCGCAAGGGAGAUGCUAUUACAACUGGCAGGUGGAGAGACCAUAGAAGAUGCUCCAGGGGAGGACAACUUGGCUUCUUGCAACGGCCCUGAGUUGAUGGAUAACGAUGGUAGAGGCCAGGGCAGGCACCAAACAGAUUGUGAAGGACGUGCUGGGAGGACAGGUGAACAACCUGGGCCUCCUGGUGAUCCUCUGGGAGGACUGCUUGGUGCUAUUGCAGGUAGUGGAUCGGGUAGUGGACUGGGAGCAGCUUUGGGUGGGUUAAUGAGCUCAAUUACUGCAGGGGAUAGGGGAAGAGAAGGGAGCACUGCAACUCUUGAUGAUGCAGGUGGAUUUCGUGACAUUGUAGGGCAGUUGAUGCAGAGCCCUGUUGUUGAUGACAUGAUGAUGCAAAUCUUGACUGGUGCUGGAAGGGGUGCUGAUGCAGGUUCUGCUCGCAGCAGGAGAGGCCCAGCGGUUGAAAACCCGACUGGAGACCUUGCUAACAUGAUGUCUCAGAUGAUGCCCAUGGUCACUCAAAUGUUGGGUGGCAUUGCCGGAGGCCCAAGCGUCCCAGAUGCUGGGGAAAGAGGAGCAGGCAAUGUCGACCGGAGCAGAACUUGGAGUCAAGCUGGCCGUAGUGUGGAACCUGGAGUUGACUCAAGUCGUGAGAGUAAUGGAUUGGCAGGCAAUCAAGAGGGUGAUGCUGAGGAGUGGAAGGCUUCUCUUUCCAAAGAGGAGGCUGCCGAGUGGGCUGAUACAAUAAGGAGGGAUCAAACAGAGCAAGAAUGCAUGAUUCUGCAGAGGCCUCUCAGUGAAGCAUACAUUCGAGGCUCGCCAGCUAAACGCCAGAGGCGCGGGGUGGCUGUUGAAGGCUGUUGGAAGAAAGGGGAAAUGGGCUCUCUAGGUCGUGAUAUGCAAGGUAGCCCUGGGCAAGUGAAUAAUAGUCAUGGAAGUGCAGAUCCGGAGAAUAGCAACUCAAGUGAACUACCUGAUCGUGAACCACAGCAGCGGCCCGAGGCCAACCGUCCUCUUGAGGACCGCAGACAUUGUCAGGGCGGAGAAGAUCAAGGGCGGAAAUGGAGCGAUCGGUCGAGCUAGAAGACGCCAGGUCCAUUGCAGCGGAUCUCUACCUAUCCUUAUCACCGCCAGGCAACGUUGUCCCGAGGAAAAUGUGACCCCGCCCCCCUCCCCCAACCGCCUACACCCCACCCCCGCCAGGAAUACGCGAGCGCUGACCGUAUUUUGGGAUGAAGUGAGAAGCAUAAUGCCUCUGAUGUGAUUGCUCCGGUCCGUUGAGAAAACAUCAUUGCCCAUCAUCAUUGGUAAAUGUAAACAAAUGACGAAGGUCUAUUUCUUCCAUGAGCCAUAUAGAGAUUUCUUCCUGCGAUUCCUCCUGUGGUAUAUUUCUCCUGCAAAAGAUAGUUUGCAGUCUUUUUGAGGUUGGCCGUUGCAUGGGGGUGCUAGGCAGGCAUAUGUCAGUGAAAGUGAGAGAUGUAGUUGUCCCUCAGUGCAAGAGUCUAUAACCAGAGUUUGAGACUGAUAGGAGCAUAACUUUGGCAGCAGAGUGGCAUGGUACGGAGUAAGAUGUAGUUGUCCCUCAGUGUAGGAAUCUAUAACCUGAGGUCUUUUGUUCUUUGGUCGUGGUGGUGUCCCUGUCGAUGGGUGCUAUGCCACGGCCUCGUUAAGUGGGUGAGGUGUGUGCAUGAUCUGUUUUACGUCGCUGGACGGGAAUUGUUCACGCACGAGCUGGUUUGGUCACGGGUCAAUAGCUGCUGAAGAAUUCUGAGCAGAACAAGCAGCAGAGGAGAGUUGCCAGGGGGCUGGAUUGCUGUGUUUUUUUAGAGCCAUUUAGGCUGGUCGUUCAUGAUUCUGUGCUGCACUACUAGAACUAGCCAAAGACCUUGGUAACCUCGUUCCCUUGGGUGUUGAGUAGAAGGGAAUAUAGAAAAUGUCUGUGGUUCGUAAUUGCCAAACAGGGCUGUACGGUGAAGUGCACGACCUCGGACUAAGAUUGUAGGGGGUGGGUGAUUGUCAACCUGUUGUUUUGUCUCUGCUGUUGUUGCGCUGAGUAGUUAGGCGAGAACAGUCAGCUGUGGGUGGCGGCCAUUGAGAGGAGAGGGGGUAUCGGAUGAGGUGACAGGAAAAUAUAGGGAGUGGGCAUUUUCACACAAAAGAGCCGUUCAAGUGGGAGUGGUUAAGAAGCCGUCAAUCAGGAGUCUGUAGUAUCACUAAAAAGAGCGAUGGAUUGGGAGAUGUUGAGGAGAGUGGUGAGGGAUGGAUGUAUGCUUGUGUUGGAGAGAGGCACACUGUGUAUAAGUUUGGGCUGGGGUUGGAGGAUGAAUGUAAAUGCGACAAGGAAUGUGAUUGAAGGCACGAAGGAAUGGCCCAAUUGCCCAUCCAAAGCCAGCUCCAUUAUCCCCAAUCCCCCCAGUAUGCUGUAAAAGUAGGGAGGGAAGGAAGGUAACAGAAAUGUCAAUCUAUGUCCCUGGCUGCAAAUGUUGAUCGCUUUUGCUUGUUUGGCGAACCUGCAUGCAUGCGCGCAUUACUACCACUACAUGCUUGUGGGCAUUACUACCUACAAGAAGUUGGUAAUAAUACCGAGGUUGCCCUGGAACGUGUACACACUCAGUUUGCCAGAGGUGAAACAAAUGUCACCAAGUGCUGUGCAUUGGAAUAGUUGGCACAUGAUAAGCAGAGCAAGUAUGAGCUAGCAGUGCAAGAAGAUGGGACAGCAAGUCAACAGUGGGACGAAGAGGUAGUAAUGUGUUGUUUUGUUGGACUUUUCACUCUUUAGGAUCCUCAACACAGUCCUGCGGAGCCCAAAAAAAGUGGUAUAGCCCAGCCAGCAGGGAACUCAAGUAGGUGCAUGAGGGCAGCAACGCAAGCCGAAAUACAAGAAAGUAAGCGCCAGGCACAGGCAGGUGGGGCAUCCUCAAUGAGAAGUAACCGUGCAAGAUGGAAAGUAGCCAUAAGGGAGGUUGGUGGAAGAGUGUGCAGCAAAGUGAGCAGUAGGCCAUGCAACGAAGCAGCGGCAACCCUUGGCCCCCCCACACGGGAAGGAAGGUUGCUCAAACUAUUAUUUCAUGCAGCAUUUUGCAGAUUGUUGGCUCACACCACUCUUGAAAGCCAGAAAGUUUUGUGCCUCGGAACAGGGAAGUUUCAAACUGGUUGAGUCUGAGUGUGUGUGGGCGGGUGUGUGAUGUGCACGACAGAGGAAGAACAUAACUGCAGCGAACUGUUUCAUUGGACUUUACUGACACAUCAGGUGGUAAAAAACCGUGACAGUCCGCCUUGCCCACUCGUUCUACACCUGAGCAAAGUGGUCGACUUUGCUCACUCCAACCCUGCAAUUCUAGCAGACAGUCGUUCCAAACCUGUGAAAAGAAAAGCAGCGAUUCCGCACAGCAAUUUGGUCCCGGGGGUGGUGAUGGGAUCAGGUGCAAUUGAUGUGUAUAUAUAUUCCCAGCACGAAGGGCCCAACUCCUAUCCGUGACGAGUGCCACCACUGGUUUUCUCAUGGAAGCCUGGGGCAACUUGACUCGUAUUACGAGUCCAAAAAAGAGCAGAGGAAAGAGUCGAAGACAACGAAAAGAAAAAUAGACACAGCGAGAAGUGGUUGCAGCAGCCACUCUGCACAGGGCAUUGAAUUUUCCUGAUUGCUCAUCAGCUAAGGCAUGUGACAUCAAAUGCCCAAAUGGCAAAGGAGGCCACACUAAAGCUGAGGACAGGCAGCGAACAAGGCAGCCAUGUGAGGGCAGACUAGCCAGGCAUUGUUGAGAGAGAGAGAGAGAGAGAGAGAGAGAGAGAGAGAGAGAGAGAGAGCACGGAGCCAGCAAGCAGCCAAGUGAGAAACAGAGGUCAGAGAGAGAAAGAGAGAGAGAGAGAGAGAGAGAGAGAGAGCUGUCCAGCAUGCUUGUGAGUGCUGCAGCAUCGUGAGUAGUCCAAGUCCAAAGGAGAGUGACUGAAACGCUGCCCUUUUACAAACCCCUGCACAGGUAUCAUCAAUCCUCUCCUGCUAAUAGUUGUUCUCGUAAGUCCGGGUCGUUGUAUAGCACUUGCGGCCACUAGUGCUAACGCUAAUGUUGUAACUGCUGGCCUCUGCCUCCAGCUUGCUGGCACAGAUCACCGUCUGGUUUUCACUCU